GCCUCAUGAGAGAUGUGGAGUCCUCAUCACGGGGUUGCCUGGUGAUUAUGGAAUAAGCAGCAGACUUACAGAGACUCAGCGUCCAGGGGCACCAGGCCACCACAUCCCAGACAACUGCCUUCUGAACGCCGUUGUGACUUGGCUCAGCUGGGAACAACGAGAGGACGAGAUGACAUCUCUUCAGGAUGGUGUAGAGACGUGGGCGGAGUGUGCAGGGCUGGCGUGCAAGGGGUGGGGACACGUUGCAUCCAUGGUGCUGUUUGUGCAGGUGGCCUCUGGGAGGGCAGUUUCCAGAGAUGAAUUUCCUUCCCCUUGCCUGGCCCACCAGUGCCCAGCCCCAUGGGCUCUGAGGCUGACGGAGAGAGACCCGCCACACCCCGGGACACUCUGGAUCGAAGCCACCCAGCGUCAGAGCUUGGACGAUCAAGGUGGACCUACCCGCUCAGAAAGACAGUGGGGCUUCCAUCAAGGGAGACCUCAACGACCUUCCUCUGAAAAGAAAAAUGUCCUUGCAAGUGAGGACACAGCUUUAGAGGGAGACGUGUCUUGCUGGAGGAAGCCGUUAAUGCCCCAGGCUGGAUCAGGGGCCCCGCCUGAAUGUUCCUGCUGCAUCAGGUACCUCUGCCCUCGAUCACGCUCUAGCCAGGUAUGUUUCUCCUUUUUCACCUCCUCCAGACUGUGAGUCUAUUCAUUCAUUUGUUAAUGUAUUCAUUUAAGAAAUAUUUACUGAGUGCCUACUAUGUGAUAAGCAUUGUGCUGGGUACUGCAGAUGCUGUAGUGACAAGAACAGACAAGAUUCGUAUUCUCAUGGAAAUUACAUUUGUAACAAGAUGUUGGAAUGGAAAUUUUGGGCAAGAUCCAGGAUGAAGUUGGGUACUACAUCCCAAAGACGCGGACAUGAGGGCCUUGUUCUCAGUGGGGGAGGGGAUGCUCUACUUUGAAAUGUACAUGCAUGGCUUUGGAGUCAGAUGGCCUGGCCUCCAAGCUCAACUCUGGUGCUUAACUUGCUGUGUGCCCUCUGGCAGGUUACAUUGCUUCUCUGAGCUGAAAAACAAGUUCACUGAUUCAGACCCCACAGAGUUUUGGUUGGGAUUAAAAAUGUGGGUGAUCACCUGGCAUUUGGCUGGUAUUCAGCUGAUGAAAGACCCUUCACUAUCCUCUCUUUACCCCACCACAGUUGUUCAGCGAGUCCUGCAUCUCCAGUUUGGUUUGGAGGUAGCAGGUGCUCCUGGGGCAUUCCUGAAUCCCAGCCCCCUGGACCUGCCUCUUUUGGACCUCUCCUUCCUUGGGGGAUCUGAGACACCUUUGAGGACAGGGGCAGUGAUUUGCACAUCUGCCGUCAAUGUAUUUGAUGGCCUAGUUCCACUCACCGCUUCCAAAACUGUGUUUUUAUUCUUCUCCUAAAUUACUAAUAACAUGAGAAUUGAAGAAUCUAGAUGUUUAAAAUCUGUUAAAAACUAAACAAAACCUAGGAGCAACCAAGAUGUCUUUCGAUAAGUGAGUGAAUAAACAAAUGUGGUACAGCUAUACAAUGGAAUAUUAUUUAGAGAUAAGAAAUGAACUGUCAGCUCACAAAAGGACAUGGAGAAACUUCCAGUCCACAUUGCUGAAUGAAAGAAGCCAGUUUGAAAAGGCUAGUUAGUGUAUGAUUCCAACCAUAUAACAUUCUGAAAAAGGCAAAAUUAUGGAGAUGGUAGAAAGAUGGGUGGUAGCUAAGAAUUGGGAGGAAGUGCAGAGGGAUGAAAAGGUGGAGUUCAGGGGCUUUUGAGGGCAGUGAAGCUAUUCUGUACACCACUGUAAUGCUGGAUACAUGCCAUUUGCCAAAAUCCAUGGAAUGUAUGACACAGAUGGUUAACCCCAAUCUAAAGUAAGGACUUUCAUUAUUAAUAAGGUGUCAGUAUUGGUUGAUCAGUUGCAACAAGUGCAAUGGCAACACUCAUGCAAAAUGUUGACAGUGGGGGAAGCUGUGAAUGUGAGGGCAAGGGGAAGACACAAGAAGCCUCUGUAUUUUACACUCACAUUUUCUGCAAACAUAAAACUGCUUUAGAAAAUAGUCUAAAUAAAAUAAAAUAAAAUAAAUAAAGUUGAUUCCUUUGAAGAGCACAAAUCUCAUGCACCCAGGCACCAGGGGUUCUCCUCUGGGAUUUCAGGCUGCAGGUUUUGUGCUGUAGAGGAAGGAGUCCAGCU